AUGAAUUCAACGCCCAAAAACUCUUUAAAAACGAUCGAAUGGAUGUGGCAAUCGAAUCCCGAUCCAUGGUCGAAAUCUGAACCAGCUAAAUGGAAUCAUUUUUCAGAUAUGGAAAAUCUAAUCAUUGAAGAAGCAUUCUUAAAUAAACAACCACGAGCUAUCCUAGAUGAAUACUAUAUUGAUUUCGGAAAAAAUCGCCAAAUAUCUAACAUUGAUGACUAUAGACAAAGACCUGUCAAGCGUAUACUGCGUAACAGGGAGGAUAAACAUUUACGAGAAGAACGUUUUGUAGAUCUUCCUGUUUCUUCAGUGCGUUCAUGUGGUGGUGAAUAUGGUUGGGUAUCGCCGUUCGUAAUUGAAGUUAGAAGAGACUUGAAGCUCAACCGAGAUGACCUACCUUCGAAAAAGCCAGAGCUGAUUCCGAUACUUGUUGAAAAAGCUGCGAAAGGUAUUAUUAAAGAAGGCAAGCAUCUCCGAAAAGAAAAGGAAGCCGAAAAAAUGGCCAAUAUGCUGAGAGAAAUCAAGGAUAAAACAAUGGAAGAAGUAUGGCAACGUUGCGUUUACCUGUACUCCUUGUCAAGUUUCCUGUACAGAAAUUUGAACGCAGCGAUGAGAUUAGUAGGAGACAAAGAGCAUGAACAAGCAUGGAAAAGUACACUUCGUACAUUAGGACCAUUUUGUUUACUCCUAUGGGAUGAUCCAUUUAACCAAAACGUGACACUCAAAAAGACACUUUAUCGAGGAGCCAAUCUAAAACACGAGCACAUCGUUGUCUAUGAAGAAAUGGCCACAAAUCCGAACGAAUAUCGAUCAUUUCAAGCAUUCACAUCAUGUAGUCGCAACCGUCAAAAAGCAGAAGAAUUUGGAAAUACUUUAUUCAUAAUGCAAAUUUUGUUUGCGUUCGUUGCUGAUCUUACUCCAUUUUCAGAAUUUCCGACUGAAGAGGAAGAACUUAUUGCUCCAGGUGUUUGCUUCCGUGUAAAAAAGGUUGACUCUGAUUGCAACAUCGAUAAGCAUAUAAUCUAUUUGGAACUAAGACAACGAUUUUCUGGUAAGUUGAAAGGAAUCUUUUUCACAUUAUAG